AUGUUUUUUCUACUUCAUACUUUUGUUUUCAUUUUAGUACCACUUCGUGCAAGUUCAACUGAUAUUCAUCCGAAUGCAAAAUGGUCACAGAAUGGUAUCACUGUUGCUGGAGGAAAUGGCGAUGGCAGUGGAACCAAUCAACUCUCUCUUCCAUGGAGUUUGUACGUCGACGAUGAUCAAACGAUUUAUGUCGCUGAUCAGGGUAAUCACUGUAUUGUGGAAUGGAAAUCUGGUGCAACGAAUGGAAAAGUAGUUGCUGGCGGAAAUGGACAUGGAAAUGGAGCUCAUCAAUUAAAUUGGCCACGAGAUAUGAUUAUUGACAAAGAGAGAGAUAGUCUCAUCAUCAGCGAUAGAUGGAAUAAAAGAGUAGUUCGUUGGCCUUGUCAAAAUGGUACUCGUGGAGAAACAAUUAUUUCAAAUAUCGCUUGCUGGGGUUUGACAAUGGACGACAAUGGUUCUCUCUAUGUCGUUGACGUAGAAAAACAUGAAGUGAGACGAUAUAAAAUUGGUGACACUCAAGGAACAGUAGUUGCAGGUGGCAAUGGACAAGGAAAUCGUCCCGAUCAACUCUCUGAACCCCACUACGUAUUUGUUGAUCGAGAUCAUUCAGUAUAUGUGUCUGGUUAUGAAAAUCAUCGUGUAACGAAAUGGGAAGAAGGUGCAAAACAAGGCAUUGUCGUAGCCGGUGGCCAAGGAGAAGGAACUAGUCUUACACAAUUGUCAUAUCCUCAAGGAGUCGUUGUCGAUCAAUUGGGUACUGUCUAUGUGACUGAUCACGGUAAUCAUCGAAUCAUGCGUUGGCCAAAAGGAGCCACACAAGGAAGUGUCAUUGUUGGUGGAAACGGUUAUGAAGCACAGUCGAAUCAACUCGCUUGUCCCACAGGUUUAUCAUUUGAUCGACAUGGCAAUCUCUAUGUCGUCGAUUGGGGAAAUCACCGAGUACAAAAAUUUAAUAUCGAAUGA